CACACCAAAGUGCUACAACCUUAGAGAGUUGCAAGGGAUGGUGGGUGUAAACCAUACAUAAGUGUGUGGUGUUUGACUUCCUUUUUGUUUGCAGAAGGUCACAAACAAUCUUACCUUUAUCAGCAGAGUGCGCGUUUGCAGCUCCCAGAACCGGAUACCUUUGUCUAACAGCGCUUAAAUCACAAUGAUCUUGUCAAGCGCGUUGUCUUUGGAGAGAAAACCAAUGUUAACAGCUUUCUCGAUCUUAAUGAUAUUAGACCAUUUUGGAGUAAUGUCUGGACUACAGCGAUCCAAACACCGAUAUUUUAAAAGAGAAGUUUCUUCGCAGAUACAGUGUGUGAUGUGUCUUCCAGGUGAAUACAGGGCACAGCCGUGUUCGGGAGGAAACCAGGGGAAGUGUGAACGUUGUGAUCCGGAGACAUACACCGAAAUGAACAAUUCCCUCUCAGAAUGUCGCAAGUGCUACGGGCCCUGUGAAGGUAACAUUGUAGAAACCGUUGAAUGUACGCCUAAAACAAACAGGAAAUGUGAAUGUCCUCCCCAAUAUUACUGUUUGACUGAGGAUAAAACCAAGUGUGAAAGGUGUCAGAAGUGUCAGGACAAGAAAAAGCACUUUUCAGAACACCAAAGAAUUCAUUACAACGAAGCAUGCCAGUUAUGUCCUUCAGGAACCUUUCAGAACAUCACAGGAAUAAUGCAAAGGUGCCAGCCUCACACCAACUGCACAAAUUUGGGGAAGAUCCUUCACAUCAUUGGCAACAGCUCAGCAGACAACCACUGUAUCUCUCCAUCAUCGUCUUCAACACCAACACCUUCCACAAAUCAAUAUCUUCCACCAAGCAAAUCUUUUUCAAGUUUCUACAUCAUGUGGCCCUUGGUGUUUUUGUUUAUGUUAUGCAUAGUGAUACUUAUGAAAACAAAAUCGUGUCAAAUUGUGCGCAAGAAGCAAGGCCUGGGAGUGCUGGUAAAACUGAAAUUUAUUUGCAUAUGUGGCACCAAGAGUGACCUGAAUACCAACAACAACCCCGGAGUCGAGCAAAGGGAAGGAAUGGCAACAGGAGAAGGGCUCCCUUGUGAGGAUGAAGGCUUCAGUGAUUUGAAACCUCCGCUACCAACUACCAACGAGAGUGAAAUCCCGCAGUUUAAAACCGAAAUUAUAGAUAUUGAAACAGUCGCAGACUCUGUUCACACCAAAAGGAGUAUAGAAGAGAACAUCCCGUUUCCAGUACAAGAAAAUGGCAGGAACUCCAACAUCUAUUAUCCUAUAGAAGAACAGGGUCGGAAGCAAUAUUGCCAGCUAACAAUGCUGGACACCAAGUGUGCAACUCAAACACAAAGCCCCUUUCUAAGUGCCAGGAAAUACCUUCAAGACCAAAGUCCCCUUAAAAGCCACUUUUUUGCUGUAAAAACUGAAGAAUUUGAUAAUAAUCCUUGCAUUUGAUACUGCGUCAUAUCAC